UGUGAAAAAACCCUAUCCGGAUACUUGAAUCACGGAACACAAAUGUAUCAACAGAAUCCGGAGCUACGCUUUAGUCAUAUGCAAUAGUUAGAAGUUGUUUUUGUAUUACUUGUGGAUUUAGCGAGUGAAUAACAAGGAUGUCCCACGGGAAAUAGGCAUGCCAAACUCAAUGGAAAUCGAGAACACGGAAGCAGUUAAAAUAUAACAAAGGAAAUUCCCGUAAACAAAAAUAAAUAACUCAAGGGCAGAUGUCUGGGCUCGAGUGUAACGUCACUAUCUAGACUACAUUAACAUUUCGAACACUCUUUGGACAACCGCCAAACACGAAAGCGGGUAUAAAACUUUGUGGGGAGAGACCACGUGUCCAACGCAAGCAUAAGGUAGGAAUGGAAGUUUUUCAAGACCCGACUGGACACCGCUUCAAUAAUAAUUUACUUAUUGAAAGAAAAACUGACAGCGCAGCUGCUCCAUUUAUCAUUUUUUUCACGCAAAAUGCCUAAAAUAUGACUUAAAUUAUCAAGACGUUAGUUCGCUGGAAAUUUAUGUUUUAUAAACCUGUCAUCCGCUCCUAAAUUUUAUGGAACUGAAAAAAACGCUUUGGUGUACCACAGAGAUACUCAAUUGUUUCAGUUUUUCAGCCUCCAGCGCUUAUUUAUUUUAAUCCGCUUCUGUUCUCUAUUUUACGAUUAAUUCACGAAUGAACAGCUGGUUUCCGAAAAAAUGAAGUUGUCGAGACCCCACUAGUGGGAGCAUGCGAACUUUUAUAAGCCCGUGCUUUACACGUGUUUCGUAUUGCUUGCACGUAAGAUCAAAGAAUCUCUCCACACCAUGGAUGAACUGAGCAAGGAUCAAAUUGCCCUUUUGCAAAAGGCCUUCGACACCUUCGAUGUCGAGAAGAAGGGCAGCAUCGGCACCGUCAUGAUUGGUACCAUCUUGAGUAUGUUGGGCGUCCACACAACUGAAAAACUUCUGGACGAAAUUAUCGCAGAAGUAGACGCUGAUGGUUCCGGUGAACUGGAAUUUGAAGAAUUCAUCACGCUGGCUUCUAGAUUCAUGGCAGAAGAAGAUGCGGAAGCUAUGCAAUCAGAAUUGAAAGAAGCCUUUAGGUUAUAUGACAAAGAAGGUAAUGGUUACAUUACAACCGCCACGCUUAAAGAAAUUCUUAAAGAAUUAGAUAAUAAUUUGAGCAAUGAGGAGCUGGAUGGGAUCAUUACUGAGAUUGACACUGAUGGGUCAGGAACCGUUGAUUACGAUGAAUUUAUGGAGGUGAUGACAGGUGGAGAUGACUAAUUCAACUUAUAAUUAAUAAAUUAAAUAAAUAAUUAUAG